AUGACUGAGCCUGCUGAGCUGCUGCUCAUCAAGGACCAGUAUGAGUUGGCGUUUCAUUCUCUGAGCCGCGGGCUGGCUGCUGAAGAGGCCGGGAGAAGAGCAGAGGCCCUGGUGUUUUACAGGAAAGGUCGACAGCACCUUACCCAAGGACUGGAGGUUCCCACUGGAGGGGAGAGGCAGCAGGGAGCGGUCUGGGACACGGCCAGGCAACUUCAGCAGAGGAUGAGGGACACUCUGAGGACUGUCAACACCCACAUCUCUGACCAGGAGACCUCCCAGCUGACAAAGGGAUGCCAGAGGAGCCGCCUGUUGAUGGACCUUCCUCCCAAUCUUUACCCAGACCUGGCACCAAGCAGUCAGCCUCCCCAGAGCUCCCUCAAUCAUCUGUACCCCACUGUACCUCCUACCACCCAGAACACAACCCCAAAACUUCCUCCCAGGCCUCCUUCCCCUGCUGUGCUGCACACGCUCUGUGCAGCCACUCCGGGAACUUUAGCGAUGGCUGCCUCAGGGGACCAGCCUCCAGCGUACACACCACAGCCAACCCUCGGCCACCACAGUCUGUUUUACGGUCCUGCUGGAGGCGGCCUCAGACCGGGAAAGCAGACUGGAGCAACAGCGGGAGAAGAUGGAAACGAGCUGCUUUUCAUUCCCUAUGGGGUGCAGAUGUUUUUCGUGGCACCUAAUGGGCAGGUCAGCUCCCUGUCCUAUCCAGGCUUCCUUCGCAUCAUCGCAAUAAACAGUCAGAACAAGGAUUCCACUGCUGGAAGACCCUCAACAUUUCUUCAUGUGUGUGACUGGCUUUACCUGCUUACAGCAGACACUCCAGUGCUAUUGGCUAACUCUGGGAUCUUCAUGUUCCCUGACACCUUGUCAAAGACGCCAGGGUCCUUCGUGGGCAUAGUGUUGUCCGCCGAACUGCCUGCUGUACAUCGAGAGACGUUUCAGGACCUCCUCUCGCAGCUGGCUGACCUAAGGGUCCAGGGUCCAGAGACGGAAGGGUCAGAGGUCAUCAACCUGAGUGAGAAAAUCCCCCUUGGUCCCAUUAAAGAGCAUGAAGGACUUACACUGCCAACAGGGGAGAAGGACAAACCACCACUUCCUGGAUGGAGUGAGAAGAUGGCACAAGGAAUCUUGACAGGAGCUACACGGUUGAGUGUUGGGUUGGUAAAAGGAGCAGAGGCCACUGGGAGGGCCAUUCAUAAAGGAGCAGCCAAGAUCCGGGACCACAUUACGCCCGAGGAAACCCCUUCAGAGGUCAACCCCCGUGUCACCAAAGGUCUGCAGGUGGCUAAACAGGCCACCGGGGGUGCUGUUCGCGUCAGCCAGUUCUUAGUUAAUGGAGUGAGUACGGUGGCAGGACACGUGGCAGAAAAGAUGGCUCCCCAUGUCAAGAAACAGGGAGCUAAGCUGGUCCCAGAGUCUAUGAAGAACAAAGAUGGCGGCCCUUCCAACUGGGAUGGAGCCAAAUUUGUGGCAAUCAGCAGUGUACACGGAUUCUCUACUGUUUGGUCUAGUCUGGAGACUGGAGCAAAGCUUGUUGGCAAAAGUGUUACGGCAGAAACUGUGACGACGGUGACAUACAAGUACGGUAACGAUACGGGCGAAGCCACAGACACUGCUCUCAAGUCAGUGGUCAAUGUUGGUGUGACUGCCUACAACAUUGACAAUCUGGGUAUCAAAGCCAUCAUGAAGACCACAGGGAAGAAGACCGCCAAGGCCCUUGCCAAAACGCCGGGCGAACAGCCGGCGCAAACUGAGGGAAAGGAGGCGCAGAAACGAGAACAUCAAGGAGAUACAAAUGGGAAGGAAAAGCAGAAGAAAAAGGAGAUGGAGAAGUAA